UCCAACCACAUUGAGCGAACGACGGAAGAUUAUUUUUGUUGCCAAAACAUAUGCCUGUUACGUUUGGAAAAUGGGCGUAUGUUGCACCGCCUGUUUUCAACCUUGACAAGGGGGUCCUAGGUAGGUGAUGCUAAAGCUUUGAAUCAGGCUCAGCCUCCUGUCUUCGGUUGGUAUGGAAAAGUAUCAUGUCUUGGAGGUGAUCGGCGAGGGUUCGUUUGGGCGGGUCUACAAGGGGCGCAGGAAAUUCAGUGGCCAGGUGGUGGCGCUGAAGUUUAUUCCUAAAGUGGGGCGGUCGGAGAAGGAGCUCCGGAGUUUGAAAAGAGAGAUUGAAAUAAUGAGAGGGCUCAUGCACCCUAACAUUGUACUGUUACUGGACAGCUUUGAGACUGACCGAGAGGUUGUCGUGGUAACGGAGUAUGCUGAAGGAGAGCUUUUCCAGAUCCUGGAAGAUGAUGGGAAUUUACCAGAAAGCCGGGUGCGUGAGAUUGCCUGUCAGCUGGUCUCAGCUCUGUAUUACUUACAUUCUCACAGGAUCCUGCACCGGGACAUGAAGCCACAGAAUAUCCUCCUGGGAAAGGGUGGAGUCGUCAAGCUUUGUGACUUUGGAUUUGCUCGUGCUAUGAGUGUCUCAACUAUGGUCCUUACCUCAAUCAAAGGCACUCCUCUGUACAUGGCCCCGGAACUCGUGGAAGAAAAACCCUAUGACCACACAGCAGACCUGUGGUCUCUGGGCUGCAUUCUGUAUGAACUCCACACAGGAACCCCACCUUUCUACACCAACUCCAUCUUCCAGCUGGUCAAGCUGAUAGUGAGAGAUCCCGUGAAGUGGCCGGAUAACAUGAGCCCACCGUGCACGAGUUUCUUGAAGGGCUUGUUGAUGAAAGACCCCCAGAAAAGGCUGUCUUGGCCAUGCCUGUUUGAACACCCCUUUGUCGCUGAUGGAGUCUUCAUUGUUUCAGAUGACAAGACGGACAGUCCUCUCACAGUGCAGCCCAGCUCCGACCUCCUGGCUCUGAAGCUGCGUCAGGCGACUGAGAAAGCGUCCCCUCACACUGGAGAGGGGAGGAUAGUGCGCAAGGCCAGAGAACACAUGGAGCAAGCAAAGAAACAGAGACAGGAACCCACUACAGGUGUUGUUUCAGAGCAGGCACGACCUACACCGGAUUGGACAGCAGAGCAAAAAGCAGCUCUCCCACAGGCCAAUCGAGAUGGUCAGAUAAGCCGUGAUUAUGCACGGGAGUUCCCCUCAGUGGAGGUGGGGGGCAGGCAAGUCAUGAAAAACGAGGAGCUCAGAACCAGCCUGCAGACAGUACAACUGGAAAGUGAGGAAGUGGACAGUGAUGAAGAGUGGCAGCGAUUGGUCAAAACAACAGAGCCCGGAAGUCCCGCCACCCUGCCCUCUGACCCUGACUUUGUGUCCCGACUGAAAGAGAGGCUGCAGGGAGCAAGAGUUCAGUUGUUGGACGGGAUGUUGGAAGGGGCGUGUCGGCUCCGCCCACCACUGAGGGUUCUGGGUAACCUGCUGACUGUGAACUCUGACCCCAAGCUACUCGGCCACCUCACACAGGAAAUCAACAUACCCCACUUCCUGCUGGAGCUGAUCGGAAGCAUCCUGGAGAAUCAGACAGUGGUGCAGCAGCCCUGGGCAGUGGCAGUGCUGGGAGACCUGAUGGCAGUACUUGGAGUGUACUGGAAGAAUGACUUGAACUGGGAGAUGCAGGGAGAGAGAUUGGAAGAUGCUGGGAAGUUGUUCACUGUGAUUCUGCUUCAACCCGACCUCACACCUCUAACACCCAUGGCAGGAACCCUGCUUGCUCAGUUGACCCUCCAUGGGGUCUCUGUGGAGUUGAGACCCGAUGUGUUCCUGACAGCGAUGGAACAGGCCCUCGCCUCUGCAGCUGAGCUCUCUCUGUCUCCCCCUGCUGGCUGGGGCUUGUUCGAUGGCUUGCUCACUCUGCUGUACCAGGCACUGUCUGAGGGUGACGGCUCCACUGCCUCACAGUUCAUGGACUCUGCUCUCUGGCGCUUCUUGUGGCUGAGAGUGGGUGUUGCACUGGAGGAGGGGAGACCACACUGGGAUUGUUUCUCACACAACGGUCUUCAAGUCUUUCUGUCCCUCGCUCUGUUUCUCUUCACCAGAGAGCCUUACCGCUGUCUCCCCCUGCUGGCCAACCACAAUGCAGACUGCGUGCUCACCCUCGCCCGCCUGCUCACAGCUGAUUGCUUCCUGCUGAAAGAUGGUGCCUGCAACGAAUCAACCGCCUGCUCUCCCAGUGACUCCUCCUCCUCCUCCACUAGCCUAUCACUGAUGACCUGUCACCUGCUGUGUUUCCCAUUCGCUCUUGACAUCACUGAAGACACUGUAGAUGAAAUCCUCCAGUCCUAUCACAGCUGUGACAUAGUACCACGCCUACUGCAGCUGUGUCUGUUGCUUCCUCUCCCUCUCCUGGAGCUGCCCCUUGCCUUGCUCUGCCGUCUCCUUCUCAGCGACCCUCAAUACUCCAUCCCUCGAUUCAUAGCGGAAUCUGAGUCCUGCAGCUUCUUCUCCCUAACGACAGCAUCGGAAGAAGCCAAAAUCCACAAACGCGAUAACAAUGAGGGCAGUCAGAAAAAAAACAGCAAGUUAACUAACACUGACGACAGUCGCAGUUUGAGCCAGUCAGAAAAUAGGACAGCCAGCUCCCUCCUAGCCUCUUUCCUCCAAUCGGAAUCCUUGUUCAGCUCUGCAGUUGAAUUGAUCUCCCUCCUCUCGCAUGCAGCCCGCUGUUCCGUCAGUCCUCCUUUCCCCCUCUGUUUUGACCCAGCCCUUGUCAGAAAAGUGCUAAAUCACCCAGACGACAGAAUUCGGGCCGCCACCUGUGGCCUUCUGGGAAAUGUCCGCCCGCCUAAUUAUGAUAGGCCAUCCUUGCUGCUUUUCCAGGAUUUGAUUGGCAAGCUCAGGGAUCAAUCAAUGCAGGUUAGGAGGGCUGCUUGCAGAGCAGUAGGGAACUGGGCAGGGCUUAUUGGGCCAAAUGGGGUUCCUAGGGGAGUUGAUAAAGAAGAAAGGGCAAAGGAAGGCGGAGUUUCAAAUGCAAAUAAGGAGAAUGAAAAAGCUGGGUCAAGAGGUGCUAGAACUAGGGGGACAAUACAAAGUGGUGAGACUAAAAGAAAAGGAGGCAGAGAUGUGACUCCAAAAACGGAAGAAAGUGUGGGUAAAAAAAACAAAGGGGCAGGUUUUCAGAAAAUAGGUGUUUUGCCUUCUAAUAAGAUGAAAGAGGCUGGUUUACAAAACAAAGAGGAUGGAAAGGGGGUGGGACAUGCUCAGAACUGGGAGGAGCUUACUCAGGGGGCAGUGCCAGUACUGCUGCCUCUUCUGACCGAUUCUGACCCUGUGAUUCGCCAACGCUGCUGUUCUGCUCUGGGGAAUGUGGGCGUGUCUGGUGGAGGCGGGGCUGCUCUGCUUCAGUGUGACGGGCCACGACUCCUGUUGGAGAGAGCCUGCACAGACUCCCGGCAUGCCGUGCGGCAGGCAGCCAUCAGCGCCCUUCGAGCGCUCAGCCAACAAGAGGCCCUUCGACAGGUCCUGGUCUCUCUGGAUGCCAGCGAGAAACUCCGCACAGUUUCCCAGCAUGCACCGCGGCAGCGCCACUGUCACUGGCUGAUCAGCAAGCUCCGCCCCACAGCCAGCGCCUGAGUGUCAAGAGGUUUUGCAAACUA